AUACUCUCAAACAUAUUUGCAGUACUUUUUGUGGUGAAUGCUAUCAUAAGUGUUGUAUUAAUUACAAAAUGUAUGCGAAUUUCAAUUGUGGUUCACAUUGAGGACAGGCAUACAACUUAUGCUUGAAUAUCAUAUAACUAUAAUCGUUUGGACUCUAAUUGUAUGGAUUGAGUGAUCAGUGAAUGACCCAAUUCUGAGACCUUUACCACAAUCUCGUCGCAGAUAUCGUCGCAAAUGACAACAAAUGUGAAAGUGGAGCUGAAGACGGACGUGGAGUUGAAUGGCAGCGAACUCAGGGUUUCGGACAAUUCGUUGACAAUGAGUGUCCGCAUGAAGACCGACACCGACUCCGAGGGUCGCGACAGUAGUGUUGAGUCGGACCACAAGUUUGACUUAAACACAUACAUCGGGUGUCGCGAAGUGGGAGACAAAGAGCGGCUGUUCUGCAAAUGGAGUGAUUGUCACUACGAGUCCAACCAAAGGACUUCCAUCUCAAGACAUAUCCAAACCGGGUUUGAGGAAUGCAGUGUUCACUACGUUCACUAUAUGUGGCAUAUAGUGUAUUACAUAAUGAUAUACAGGGAGUACUACAGGCAUAGAGGCAUAGCAUAG